AAUCAAAACAAAACAGCGAAUGACAUUCAGAUCAGCUGUUUGUAACACGCCAGAGAAUGGAAUGUGAGUUUCAAGUAAAAUGUUUGCCAUUCUUUGCUAAUAAAUAAAAGUAUCUAUACAUCCGGCUUUAAAAUCACAAAGUGAUAUCCAAAUGUUUGUGCUUGCUGAAUUGAAAGAUACCAUUCGUAUAGCGCCAGAUCAAUUUCAUUUGAAAUUGGUUGAAGCGAUACGAGACGAAAUCAACAGGAAGUUGGCCAAUAAGGUUCUGCUGAAUCUAGGCCUCUGCAUUGCGCUCAAAGACAUCGUAUCGCUCAAAGAUUCCAUUAUACUGCCUGGCGAUGGCGCUUCACAUACCGAAGUUCUCUUCCGCUACAUCGUCUUUCGGCCAACUAUUGGCAGCAUACUUACAGGCAAAAUACGUAGCUGUAGUCGAGAAGGUGUACAUGUAACACUUGGUUUCUUUGAUGAUAUACUCAUACCACCAUCCGCUUUACAACAUCCUUCACGUUUUGAAGAAGCCGAACAAGCCUGGGUAUGGGAAUACCCUUUGGAAGAUAGUGCUAAGCACGAUUUAUUCAUGGAUAUAGGUGAACCGAUAAAAUUUCGUGUAUCACGUGAAAUUUUCGAAGAAAGCUCACCAAUAGGUCCUCCUAAAACAGAUGCUCAGCAAGCAAGCACAUCGGCAGCAGCUUCGGCAGCGGCGGCAGCGUCAACACAGCAAUCUGAAGUAAAGACGCCUUAUAGAAUUAUUGCUGCCAUUAAUGAAUCUGGAUUAGGCGUUCUAUCUUGGUGGGAUCAACAAACACAGGGUGGAGAUGAGGGUGACGAAAACGAAGAUGAGGAUAAUGUGGAAUAUGAAAAUGACGAAGAUGGCGAGGGUGCUUAUGAGGAAUGAAAUAAAUGUUUGUUUUACCAGCCAAAUUAUAA